UCUUCGCAAAACCAAAUACACAAUUCAAAAUACAAAAUACAAAAUUCAAAACUCGUCACAAUCGAUUCAGAAGAGACGAAAUGAAGAUUCUCAUUACAUACGCAACGACAAGUGGGAGUACACGUUCCAUUGCAGAGCGUAUCCAGGCGAGAAUAGCUGCAGCAGAUUUCAGCAGCAUCACCCUCGAACCCGUGGAGACGAAAGCAUCGGUCGAUGACUUCGGUAAGUGGCUAGAGCUAGACUUCUGUGCCUAAGGAAACCUCUUCACAUCGAAAUUUCGAAGCUUCUGCUUCAACGAUGAACUGUGCUAACCGAGCCGAUGUAGAUGCCAUCAUUAUUGGCUCUUGCAUCCAUGCUGGGAGCUGGAUGAGAAAAGGAAAGAAAUUCGUCAAGAACAACACGACAGCACUCCGCGACAACCCAAAGCCCACAUGGGCAUUCAGCGUCGGGAUGCCUCCACAAAGCCAAUUUGAGGGAGAGGAGAAGCAAAUGAAAGACUGGCUAUCAAAACAAAUUGUACUUGAAGGACACAAGCUGUUCUAUGGAGCGUACCAGGAGAAGGACGUGGGAGGCUGUCUCAAACUUUUCUUCCACUGCUUCGGGCUCAAGUUCGAGGAUAAGAGGAACUGGGAGGCCAUGGAUGAAUGGGCUGAUGGGAUCGUGAGACAACUGAGGGCUGAGCAGCAGAGGUUGGGAACGUUGGGAUAGGGAAGAAAGUUCUCGAGGAAGUUAGGUUGGGAAUUUGGCGAAGCGGGCGUUCUUGAUUUGGGUUUGGAAGCGGGUGACUUUGGAUUGCACAAUUCCAUGAGGAAAUGGUAGGAAUAUAAUGAAUAAUUUGUUACUCAGAUGUCGAUA